AUGCCCGGAGUGAGUGAAUCAUUACAAGUGCGUUUGUGCUCUGGGACAGGGUUUGAAGGUCAGCUUGAUAACGGGUUUAACUGGAGAAAAUAUGGGCAGAAAGAUAUUCUGGGAGCUAAUCGUCCCAGGGCAUAUUACCGGUGCAUUCAUCGCCACGACCACCCUUCUGUCGUUGAGGUUGUUUACAAAGGGAAGCACAGUUGUAUCCAAGAGAAGCUAAAACUGACGAAAGAAAACGUCAAUGUACCAAGGAAAGCAGAAGAGAGCCCAAGUUUUUUGCAACAGAUGAUGAUCGGCAUUGAACCAGACGUUAAAGUUGACACAUCCGAACUUGAUCAUCAGGAGGAGAAUUUUCAUUCCACCCUAUUUGAACCUGAAAAUUUGGAAACUCAAUUCUUUUCCAAGGCAAAAGAUUUUGUCGAGACAAGCUUUUCGCCUACUUUUUUCUCUCCAGCCAUGUCUGACUCCUGUUUCUCACUGUCACCAGGCCAGGUGAACAAUUUCGGGUUUGGUCACAAUUUCCUUGGAUCUGAGUCGGACUUUAGUGAGGUAGUCUCGUAUCCAAAUACAGUCACGAAUUUCCUACUUGAAGAUUCGGGUUUUUAGAUUGAUAACAUGGAUUUUGUUUCUCAUUUCCACGACACAUCUGGUUAGUAUAGUCUGCAGUCCAAGAAUGGAACAACUCUUUAGGUUGAGUCACGCGUACCUCACUCUCUGUAAGGAAAUUCAAACUCAUUGUAAAUUGAAUUUUCUGGAUUGUUCAACAGUAAUACUUUUGACUUGACACAUUCACAAUAUGACAGCCCGACAACAAAUACGCUCUGACAAGUUGUUGAUGAGUUUAAAACUCCACUCUAUAGAACA